CAAGUUUUUCAAAUUAUUUGGGUAGGUUUACAAUAUAAUGGAUAUACGUUAAUGCGCAAUAGAAGAUGGGAUGGGGGGCCUCUUUUCUUCCCAAAUUGUUGUUGGCCGGCCGGCCUGUACUCAUGUUUCGUCUUCCACACUUUUCUCCUUAAACCAGUCGACCACAGCAAACUGAAAUAUGAGAAGACAGACAAGUACAACCACCACCUUAUCUCUACUCUUUCUUUCACUUCUUGUACGCUUCUGCAGUUCCACGGACACCAUUACCUUCAACCAACCUCUCAAAGACGGGGAUGUGUUAAUCUCUAACGCCAAAUCUUUCUUUCUCGGCUUCUUCACCCCCGGGAACUCCGUCGGAAAACGAUACGUCGGAAUCUGGUACCAAAACAUCCCGAACCAGAGAGUGGUUUGGGUUGCAAACCGAGACAGCCCCGUCAACGGUACAUCCGGGGUCCUCUUUAUCGACCGGACCGGAAACCUUGUUAUUCAAGACAAGAAAACCAAUGUUUCUGUCUGGAACACAAGUCUUUCUUAUCCGCCCACGGGGACAAGAACUUAUUCCGCUCAGUUACAGGAUACCGGGAACCUGGUUUUGUUCCAUGACCCGGAUAGAAGAAAUAUUACAUGGCAGAGCUUCGAUUAUCCCACGAAUACAAGGCUGCCUUUGAUGAAACUCGGGGUGGACAAGAAAACCGGGUUGAACCGGUUUUUAACGUCGUGGAAGUCGUUGGAUGAUCCAGGGACGGGGCCGUACGGGUUCGGGCUGGAACUCAAACCCGUCCCGGAGGUGUUUCUGUUCCAGUACAAUAAUAGCGGGGCGGCUCCCGGGGCCCCGGUUUGGCGAUCCGGGUCAUGGAACGGAAUUGGGUUAAGCGGCGUGGCGAAACAGUCUAACAGCUACGUGGCCAACCUCCACUACGUCGAAAACGCGGACGAGGUGACGAUGAUGCACACGCUAAAGGACCCGUCGAUGUAUCUAACGUUGGUGGUGAAUGAAUCCGGGAAUCUUGAUUUGAUUACGUGGCAAGACGCCGACAAGAAAUGGGUGACGUUCACUUCCGCGCCUAAAGACGUGUGCGAUCAUUACGCUCAUUGCGGGGCUUUCAGCAACUGUAACCCCUACAAUUCCGGGUUUUUCGAGUGCACUUGUCUUCCCGGAUUUGAGCCGCGGUCUGACCGGGAAUGGAGGGCCGGAAACGGCACCGACGGCUGCCGGAGGAAUAACACCGACGUGUGCGGUAACGGCGAGGGGUUUAUGAAGCUGACAAACUUUAAGAUCCCGGACACUAACAUAUCGCGCGUGAAUAGGACGAUUGGGCUUGAAGAAUGUGAAGAGAUUUGUUUGAGGAACUGUUCUUGCAGUGGAUAUGCCAGCGCGAAUAUCAGCGGUGGAGGGACGGGGUGCAUAACUUGGUACGGUGACUUGAUAGAUAUGAGGGGGUUUGCAAGUGGUGGCCAAGAUUUGUAUGUCCGGGUCUCUGCCUCUGAUUUAGAGCUUCUUAGAAAAUCAAAAGGGCUUCCUGGGAAAACCUUCAUAGUCAUCCUUGUGCCUGUUGCUGCUGCAGUCCUAGUGGUUCUUCUUCUCUGCUGUUUGCUUGUGAAAAUGAGAAAAGGUAAGCGGCAACAACAACGCAACAACAGUACUAGAAACAACCCAUCAAACCACUAUGAAGGGUCUGAAAUGGGGAAACAUGUGGACGAAACUGGGUCAUCAGAUCUCUCAAUCUUUGAUCUAAAAACCAUUCAAUCCGCCACUGAUAACUUCUCGGCCGAAAAUAAACUUGGUCAAGGCGGAUUUGGUUCUGUUUACAAGGGCACGUUGCAAGAUGGACAACUAGUGGCUGUCAAAAGGCUGUCAAGAACAUCAGGGCAAGGCAUAGAUGAAUUCAAGAAUGAAGUUACACUAAUUGCAAGACUCCAACAUAGAAAUCUUGUGAGACUUUUAGGAUAUUGCAUUCAAGAAGGGGAGAAGAUGUUGGUGUAUGAAUACUUGCCUAACAGAGCCUUGGACAGUUUCAUCUUUGAUAAUACAAAUGCGGUAUUGUUAGAUUGGAAGAAGCGCUUUGAAAUUAUCUUAGGAGUUGCUCGAGGAUUAUUAUAUCUUCAUCAAGAUUCUAGAUUAAAAAUUAUUCACAGGGAUUUAAAGGCUGGCAAUAUUCUAUUAGAUGCUUCCAUGCACCCGAAAAUUUCUGACUUUGGAAUGGCUAGAAUUUUUGGAGGGGACCAAAUUGAAGCAAACACAAAUAGAGUGGUUGGGACAUAUGGAUAUAUGUCACCGGAAUAUGCAAUGGAAGGCCACUUUUCAGAAAAAUCCGAUGUCUAUAGUUUUGGUGUUUUAUUGCUGGAGAUUGUGACGGGAAAGAAGAACAAAAAUCCAAAUAACGAAAAAUCUAUGAAUUUAAUAACAAAUGUAUGGGAUUUCUGGAAAGAAAAUAGGGCAUUGGAUAUAGUUGAUCCAUCACUAGGGGAGUGGUAUGAUGAGCGACAAGUUUUGAGAUGCAUCCAUGUUGGGUUGUUAUGCGUCCAAUCAUAUUCAGACGAUAGACCAAUCAUGUCAGAAGUAAUUUUCAUGCUAAGUAAUGAAACAGAACUUCCUCAACCUAAUCAACCGGGAUUUAUAUUCAAACAUGGGAGUGGUUUUCUACCCUCAACUUCAACGAGUACUCUCGAAAACCAAUCCAUUAAUGACAUGUCAAUUACCAAGAUUGAAGGUCGCUAGCUAACAUGUUACCUACUGAUUAGACUAGCGGACAAUGCACGUUGAUCUUGGGCUGAAUGGCCUUCUUGUCUUUGACUCACUUCUGAAUAGUGUUUGGCAUAUUUUGACAUUUCUUGUAACAUUUAAGGAAAAUUAAAGCUUCAUGUUGGGCGGAAGGCAGUGAAUGUAUAUUGUGUUCUGAUACAUAGUCUACAGAAAAAUUUGGCAAUAGCCCACUAGCACGUUCAACAAGUUCUCAACAUCAACUUGAGCCCAAGGGAAUCAUCACUUAAUCUUUGCAGUGGUUUAUGAAAUACAUGUUGCUCCAACACACUCCUGCAAUGUGUGGGUAUCAGCUGCAAAUAAAGGGCAUAAACCAUCAAAUGAUUUAUCAAAUACAUGCCCUCCCAAAUAUGAUGAGUUGAUGUCUCUCGGUAACACACAAAGAGAGACUUUCAAAUUUACACUCAAUCUUGUUUGGUUAGAUGAAAAAAAAAUUUCUUUAAAUUUGAAAAAAAAAUUAAAUUUCCUC